AUGAGUUCUGAGAAAAGUACUUUAUAUGACGGCACCAUUGCCGUGGCCAUCGGCAGCCUCAAAGCGCUGGCUCACAUCGUGAGCGUUGCCGAAGCACAUCCCAACUCGGCCAUUUUUCUGUCAGCUCGGCUACUCCUUGCCAAGAUGCUGGGGCUCGAGCCAGUGGAGUACGACGAGGACAGCCUGACAUCGUAUGCCGAUAUGAAAACUCGCCUCGAUGAGGUGAUCAAGACGCUAGAAGGCGUAGACAAAGAAGUCAUCAACACCCGCUCUGCUAGUUCGGUUACUGUGGGCGUGGGUGAAAACAAGCCUCGCGUGACCUUGUCCACCCCGGCCUACGCCUAUUCAGCAGCACUGCCCAACAUUUACUUUCACGUGUGCAUGGCAUACGCGAUAUUAAGAAGCAGGGGCGUACCGCUGGGCAAGUCGGACUACAUGGACAGUUUCUUUGCUCCAUAUGCAUCUUGA